UCCGUACUUCCCUUGCAUUUUAUCACACUAAUUAACCAUUUAAUCUGUUUCCUCGUCCCUGUUCUCGAACCUAUAGUCAACGCAUUGCUUCUUCUCUACGUCCCAUUCCGCUUCUUCGCUUCUUCAGGCGGUCUCACAGCCAUCCGCGACGCACUCUGAAUUCCACUCACGCAAUACAGCGAUCGCAACAUGUUGAUGCUUUCAUUCAACCAUGUUCUUACUCUUUCUCUCAGUUGGCAUACGAGAUGCAAGACGGGUGAGCUGCUCCGUAUUCUCGAUAGAGGAAGCGCAAUAAACCGCAUUGGUGAGCCUAUUGGGUUCACAGUAAUUCCUGGAUUCGUGGAUGUAUAUGUUGCGCUCGCUGUGUUUGUUGUGAGAUUCAAACUUGCGUUGAGGGUUAUGAGGCGGAUGAAUGAGCUGGAUGUGGUCACUUGCGGGAUCCAUACGAAUUGUCUCCUUAACUGUGAGACUGUCAAGUGUUUCAAGAGGUCGCGUAUGAGGCGCAGAGGUAUAUGGAGGCUAUUGUGGAGUACCAGAGUUUAAAGAAUGGGGCUGUUCUACCUUUCGACCUCCUGAACCUUGUACAAAUGCUCAUCCUCUUCUCGUCGGUUCUUUGAUCGUCACGCGUGCAUCACGAG